AAUGUUAAAAACCAAAGGCAGGGCUAAAACAGAAAUGUACCCAACACCCAACAAGGUAAAAACCAGAGCCAAAGCCAAAGCCAAAGCCAAAAUCCCCAACAAUCAGCAGCAGCAGCGUGUGCUCUCCACUCUCAACUCUCAACUCUCAAUUCUCAAUUCUCAAUUCUCAACUCCCAUGGCUACAAGCAGCAGCUGCAGUUCCCCUUAUACCAACGGAUCAUCUCCAAUAACGACAAUAGCUCAAGACCAUCUCUUCUCCAUCUUACUCCUCUUACCUUUGGACUCCAUUUUUUGCUUUGCUCUAACUUGUAAGAAGUUCAGGUCCCUCACUUACUCAGACUCUUUAUGGGAAUCACUCUGCCGAAGAGAUUGGGGAAACUCCACCAUUGAUGCACUCAGAUCCUUUGAUGUUGACGGUAAACAACAACAAUUUCCUUGGAAGAAGCUCUACCAGCAAAUCUACCAAUUGGACUCUGUUUACUGUCGCAGACUGUUGACGCAUCCACAAGGAGGAGAAGAGCUGCUUCUUCCUCGACCUAGAGCUUCUCAUUCUCUCAAUUUUGUUUCUGGUUGUCUUGUUCUCUUCGGCGGCGGCUGCGAGGGAGGAAGGCAUCUGGACGAUACAUGGGUAGCAUACGCUGGCAAUAACUUCAAGAGAAUAUUGGAAUGGAAUAAGAUUGAAUCAGGGGUACCAAGUGGCCGCUUUGGGCAUUCAUGUGUCGUGAUUGGCGAUUGUCUAGUGCUUUUUGGAGGAAUAAAUGAUCAUGGGGCCCGCCAAAAUGAUACAUGGAUUGGCCAAGUAGCGGUACACGAUGCAUUUGGUAUCACAUUAUCCUGGAGACUACUUGAUGUCGGUUCCAUUGUGCCUCCACCAAGAGGCGCUCAUGCUGCAUGUAGCAUGGAUAAAAGGAGGAUGCUGAUUCAUGGAGGGAUUGGUUUGUCUGGCUUGCGAUUGGGAGAUACAUGGGUAUUGGAACUGUCCGAGAAUCUUCAUCUUGGAGUUUGGCAAGAAACUGUGACUCAUCCAUCUCCUCCAUCUCGCUCUGGACAUACAUUGACUCCUGUUGGAGGAAACCAAACAAUUUUGUUUGGUGGGAGAGGUUUAGGCUAUGAGGUGCUUAAUGAUGUAUGGCUGUUUGAUACAUCUGAUGGUCACUGGAGAUGGGUACAGUUACUAUUUGACUUGCAAAAUAUACCCCAAGGAUUGACCCUGCCAAGAGUUGGUCACUCGGCUAAUCUCAUCAUAGGUGGACGAUUGCUAAUUUAUGGAGGAGAAGAUUCCUACAGACACAGGAAAAAUGACUUCUGGGUGUUGGAUAUCAGCUCAGUGACGUCCAUUAUGCAGUCUGGGUCUCCUCCAAGCCCAGAUAGAUCAAUGACCAAGUUGUGGAGACGGCUCAAGUCCAAAGGUGACAACCCUUGCGGCAGAUCAUUUCACCGAGCUUGUGUGGAUCCUUCAGGUCGUAAUCUAUACAUCUUUGGUGGCAUGGUAGAUGGUUUACUUAAUCCUGCUGAAUCCUCUGUGUUGAGGUUUGACGGGGAGUUAUUUCUUGUGGAGCUUUUGCUUCAGUGCUAGUGAAUUGGAAGGAGAUUAUUGGAAAAUUAAGUAUGUGGUGAUUCCAAAAUGCUGCUGUUUUACAUGGCAAUGAAUGUAGUGUAAAUAUCAGUCCUACCAGUGAGAAGGAAGUUAGCAGUUAGUGGGGUGCUUUAUAUAGUAAAAGAUCUAAGGUGGUAUUGUAAUUUGGUUUAAGCAUUGCAUCUGAAGAAUUGUUAAGGUAUGUUUCUGCUCUUGUAGAGGAAGUUAGUGUUAACCAAGACAUCAAGUGAUGCACGAUACCAGCCCCGAGCUUUUCACGAUCCAGGAAAGCCCUCUACAAACUACCUGUAAAUUUCUAGUUCAGGACUGAAAUUUAGUCUUUUAGACCAGAUUUAGCUUCACAUAUGAUUAGUUCUGAAUUUUGAUGUAUUGUGUACAUCUUGAUCUUUACUGGCUAGUAUUGUACUAUU